AUGGAUUAUCGUCAGAGAAGCUUAACUGAAGAGUUUCAAGGCUUAGCAACUGUCGAUUUGGACUACACAGCUCAGAUAAGCAUGCAAAUGAAUGUCCCUGAUCGAAUUUAUCCAGUAGCAAAAAAGCAAGCUCCCGAGAGCAUCCUGUUUGACAGGGGAGACAUGAACUUAUCUGAACAGAUGAUCAUUCCAGAUAGGAUAAUGCUGCAUGGGCAAAACAGUGGUGCUGAGAACGACAUCCAUGAUAGGCCAAUGAAGAACAUGGUUGAUGAUCUGCACCUGAAUGUUCAAACUCCUCCAAAAAUCAUCAGCUUGCUUGAAAGUAACUUUCCUGUGUUAUCAGAGUUCACUGAAAAAACGUUGAAUGCCGUCAACAAAAAACUAACAGAUCAGCAGAAUCUUCAGAAACAAAUUGACGUGUUGUCUCGACAAAUCAAAUUGCUUGAAAUUCAAAACCAAAGCAGACUUCACAGAGAAUUAAUUUUUUACCCUUUAUUAAUUGGUUUUGCCGUUUUUCACGUCGCUCGAUAUAUUUUGUAUAAAAAUUGA